AUGGGUGCACUCGUUUCGAUUCCUUUGGCAGGAACAAGUUGGCUAGCCUCAUGCUUCGGCGCAGCUGCAUGCUCGGCGUUCUGUUCGUCUAUAGGCGGUACAUUUCAAUCAUCUACCAUGACAAGACUCACAUACGCCCUCAUUCUCCUCAUAAACUCCAUUUUGUCAUGGGUGGCAUUAUCUCCAUUUGUAGUGAAUCGUUUGGAGAAGAUUUCUUUCGGAUAUAUUAACAAUCGGUGCGGCCCGGAUGGGAAACAGUGUAUUAGUUUCGUAUCGGUCCACAGAAUCAACUUGGCUCUCGGAGUGCUCCACUUGAUGCUUGCCGCAGUGUUGGUCAAUGUGAAGUCCACUGCCAAUCCACGGAGUGUCAUCCAGAACGGGUACUGGAAGCUUAAAGUGCUUGCGUGGAUGGCCUUAUUGGCCAUCAACUUCUUGGUGAUUCCGGAUGACUUCUUUGUCUUCUACGGAAACCACAUCGCUAUUAUUUUCUCUACGAUAUUUCUUGGCAUUGGCCUCAUUCUCUUGGUCGACUUUGCUCAUGCAUGGGCUGAGAAAUGCUUGGAAAAGAUCGAGUUGGAGGAAUUGACCGGCGAUGAUGAAUACAACGCUGGCUUCUGGAAGAAACUUUUGGUGGGUGGAACCUUGUCCAUGUACGUCUGUAGUAUCGCCUUGACAAUUGUCAUGUAUGUGUUCUUUGCCAGCAGCGGGUGCAGCAUGAACCAGACUGCCAUCAGUCUUAACGUUGUGUUUGCUUUGAUAACGUCUAUGGUUUCUAUCAACCAAAACGUCCAAGAAUCAAACCCAAAUGCAGGCCUUGCACAGGCAUCAAUGGUGGUGUUUUAUUGCACAUACUUGGUCUUGAGUGCCGUUGUAUCGGAGCCCGAUGAUAAACAGUGUAAUCCACUUGUUAGAUCAAAGGGUACACGUACAUUCUCCAUUGUGCUUGGCGCUUUCUUCACUUUCUUGGCACUUGCUUACACCACAACAAGAGCAGCUAAUUCUUCGUUUUUCGACAUCGACGUCCCUGAGCCAGUGGAAGGCUCGGUGUCGGAACAGCCCAGCGAGCGGAGCCAAAUGAGAUACCAGGCCAUCAAGCAAGCAGUGGACGAAGGUUCACUUCCAGAAAGUGCGCUCAACCAAGUGGAUUUGUAUGAUGAUGUAGAGGAGGCCCAGAACAAUGUCAAACUGCCAGUGAAAUACAAUUACGCAUUGUUCCACAUCAUCUUUUUCUUGGCCACACAGUACAUUUCUACGCUUCUUACGAUAAAUGUUAAACAGGACGAUGUUGGAGACUUCAUUCCCGUUGGAAGAACAUACUUUUCCAGUUGGGUCAAAAUUGUCAGUUCCUGGGUCUGUUAUGCAUUGUACAUCUGGAGUUUGGUUGCUCCUAUGAUAUGGCCCGAGAGAUUUAACUCAUUGUCUUUGUAA